AUGAAUAAUGCCCAAAUCUCAAGCCACCAAAUGCUAAUAAGGCCUGUUUUCUUCAUUGCCAUCUUUUCAUUGCGUUUUCUUUCAUUUAAGACUCUUCCGAGUUUGGUGUAUGGAUGUCAUAUAUACGGAACCCGUUCAUUUUCCAGCUAUAUGUCAUAUAUAGAAGAGGCGGAUCGCCUAGCAAGGAGCUUCUAUGAAGUUUUGGGAGUAGAAAAAGAUGCCAGCAUCCAGGAAAUCAAAAAAGCAUACCGAGAGAAACUUCUUUCUACACACCCAGACAAAAUAAAUGGAAAAGUAGUUGCAAAUAAUUCUACUAGAACUACAUCAAAAGACGAUAUAAAUUCAAUUCAAGUUGCAUUCAAGGUACUCACUGAUGAAGUCCUGCGAAAAAAGUACGACGAGUCCCUUCUGAAGUCGGUUCAGCGUGCAGGCUUCAAUAUUAGUGGAGAAGGGCUCGAUAGUUAUUCUUUGGAUGAAUUCGAAUUGAAUGAAGAAGAACUAAAAUACUACAAAAAUUGUCCAAGAUGCCAAUUUCCCAAAUCAAUUCAGGUUUCCGAAGCAGAUCUCGAACACGGAACCGCCGACGGAACAGGAGGAUAUAAUCUUAUUGUCCAAUGUGACAGCUGCAGUCUUUGGCUAAUUGUCAACUACUACGAAGGUGAAAGUGAAGAUAAUUCAUAA